GGUGGUGACGAAAAGCCUCAGUAGCCUAUCACAGGUUCGGUUGGCAAUUGGCGGGCGGUAAGAUUAUCUGACGGUUGCUCGAAAUCGAUGUUGUAGUAACCUGCCUGCGUUUAAUUGAGUGGUGAGCUGUGAAGGAAGGGAUACCUGUCCUGUUAUGGCAACUGUAGACAGAUACGAGGACCUGUGGUUCCAGAGAUCCGGAAAGACAGAUUCUGGACUUCAACAGAUCAGCAGCUCUAUGCAUACAGAGUGGCAAACCCCACAAGUGUCGGGAAAGUCUCUUAGCCGCUUUAACAGGGUCCCGGGUCUAACACAGGGAGGAGAUCUCACCACUGGGAUUCGUUGCCCUGAAAACACGGAUGAUUUUUGUAAUGCCAGUGGAAGCACCUCUUUUCAGCCAAUAAGGAGCAAGGUUGCCAUCCCCACUGCUCACGUAAUGCCUUCAACAUUAGGGACAACUCCUGUUAACACUCGUGAACGUUUGGUAGCUUCCAUCUGUGGAGAAGCUGCUCACCCCUUCCAUUUAGCUUCUGAUCCAUCCUCAGCUGAUGAAAGCAGAAAGUUUGAGACUCCCACUAUAGAGCCAACACUAAACCAAUCAGAGCUGCUGGAUACUUUCUGUGUGGACCCACAAUCCAGGGGCCCAUCAGCUGAUAUCCGCUCUGUGACUGACCCAUACAAAUCUUUGCCUGAAAGCAGAGCAGGAACAGGAGGAUGUGAUAUUCGAAGGCCUGGGUUUCCAAGCUCAACUCUCCCACACAGCCAUGGUUGGAGGCCAGAACCAUACAGUCUGCAGCCUGGAGCAGAACUUAGUGCCUGGAGGCAACAGCAAGCCGAAAACAUGAGACUUAGGAUGGAACAGUUGCAGAUGAUGAAUGCCUGCCCCCAGCCCUCCAUGUACUCAGGGUUUCAUCAGGAUCCAAAGCAGUGGGACAGAGCACUGAUGGAGAAGGAGAUGCUUGUGGACAGACAAAGGCAACACAUCUCCCAGUUGGAGCAGAAAGUACGAGAAAGUGAGGUGCAAGUACACAACGUUCUUCUGAGCCAAGCUAGUCCCUAUGGAGAUAUGUGUAUGGUCAGACUGCAGGAAUUGCAGCGGGAGGUCACUUUUCUUCGAGCUCAGUUUGCAGAUAAGACGGACUCGUCAAGCCGAGAGAAGACAGAAUUAGAGAGAAAACUAAGUGCAUGUGAGGCAGAGGCAAGAAGCCUGAAAGAGGCCAUGAAAGAGGCUGCCCAGAAACAUGCUGAAGAAAUAAAAAAGCAGGAAGAGAGGGUGAAGGGUAGAGACAAACACAUUAAUGUCCUAAAGAAAAAGUGCCAGAAAGAGGCUGAGCAGAACAAAGAAAAACAACAGAGGAUUGAAACCCUGGAAAGAUACCUGGCAGAUCUCCCCACUGUACAGGACCACCAGAAACAGACCCAAGAGCUAAAGGAUCUGCAAGAAAAGAGCUCCCUCUUGCAGGAGCAGGUAAAGGAGCUGGAGAAGAAGCUGGCGGAGACCAGAGCAGCCUGCAGAGAAAGGGAGGCCCAGCUAGAAACCGAGAAACACAAGGGGAAGGAGUUGAUGAGCACUGUACACAGUUUGCAGGAGGAACUUGAAAGCUCCAAGAAAGUAGAUAUCGGUGAGAGAGAGAGAACUUUAACCCAAAAGGUGGAAGAUCUUCAACUGGAAGUACAUAAUCUACAGAAGGAAAGAGAGUGCCUAAGGAAGGUAGCAGAAAGUCAGAAGAAGAAGCUGGAGCAGAUGUGCAUCAGAGUAAAGGAACUGGAAGAGCAGAUAUCCCAAGAGGAAAGUGCAGGGCAGGCCCUUAAAGAGGAGACUCAGAGGAAAGAAAAUGCUCUUCAGCAGCUGAAGGCAGCCGUUAAAGAGCUGGCAAUACAGAAUCAGGACUUGAUGGAGCGUAAUGUGACCCUGCAGGAGCAGCUCCGCCCAGCUGAAGCACAAGAGAAGUCCACAGAUCUAGAGGCAGAGAAUCUCUUCGCCCUAUUUAGAGAGCUGAACCUCUGUAUGCAAGACCUACGGGCCAUCUGCACCUUGCUGAGCCAGAGAGCAAAUGGAGGGGACCCUAACUUGUCACUGCUGCUGGGGAUACACUCAGCAACAGUUACUGGUGGUCAGGAUGAAACAAUGGAUCUUCCAUCUAUCUCUGUACAGCUCAAUGGAGUAAGGCAGCUAAAGAAAGACAUUGAGGAUCUGCGAACAUCUAUAAGUGACCGUUAUGCGCAGGACAUGGGGGACAAUUGUAUCACACAGUAACUACAAGAAAGCAGAGCACAGUGCAUCUAAACACCUCAAACUGGACAAUGGACAACUGAAUUACAAAAGUGAUUUACUAAAACUUGGAUAAUAAUUAUUGCUUUAUAAUUGUAUAAGGAGUUUUACACUAGCACCACGGCUAGUCCUGUGAAAUAUCCCACCGUGAUUGUCCUAUGAAGGGACGCCAUUUAUAAGUGCCUUAUUUAUCUGACUUUUGUACACCAGAGCAGAACACAAGUGUACAGUUUACACCAUUAGUAACGGGCAAGUUUUAUAUUAGUGACUUUACAUUUCACUCAAGUUUAUUCUACAGCUGCAAACGUUUUUUCUGUUCCUGGGUUGGCCGUAUUGUUCUAAUCUUUCACACCAGUAUGGCAGUAAUAAGCAAGAUACAGUUUGUAAAGCCGCCAAUAAGCUUAGAGCUCUUACUUUUCACUACUGUUUAGAUAUUUAUAAAUAUGUCUUUUGUGACCUAAAAAGAAUGGGGCCACUCUAAUAAUAUUUGCAUAUAAAAUAUGCUUACAAACUUGUUAGUUACACCAUCUUUAUUUGAAAUCUCAGAGUUUUUUUUCUUCAUCAAAGAAUGAGUGAAAAUUUAAAAAGGGCAGCAAAGUAUUUUUUUGUUUUGUUUUAUUGACAUACAAAAUGCAUCAAGGAUAAUAUAACAGGAAGACACAAAGAGCAACCAUCUCAUUAUUAAGGUAGUUGCCAUUAUAAUUGUACAGAAAUUAAAGUGACACUAAAAAGCAUGAGGGACACAAGACUUCUCUGUUCCACCAGAAAGAUAUGGGAUGAAAUGUAAGAGACACACAGAUCUUUGCUUUUUUUUUUAGCAGUGUUCCUGUGCUAAAUAAACCAAGACUUGAUUUCAUGUGAUCAUAUACUUAAUACACAUAUAUCCAUAGUAAGUUACCAAAGCCUCAUAUACAUAUGUAUUUUACAUUUUUACUCACUUCCCCCAGUCCUCUGCCCAACUGCUCCACACUCCAUGGCUCCAAGUUUUGUGUUUUUGUUUGUUUUUACACCAGUAGGUUUAGCCAUUCACAUAAAUGGUCUAGUGGCACUUGCUAUAUGCAGAAGAGUCAGAAGCAUACUCUCUUCUGGUAAUGAAUCAGACGGUAUGGCUUGUGAUUGGCUGUGCCAGAGCAAGACACUUUUUUGUUUUGUUUAAGAAACACUAAACCCAGAGGAGGUCUGAAAUACAUAUUUAUAUGGCUUUUUGUUAAAUUCUACAUAAUGUAUUUGCUCUACUUAUUGCGUAUAAUAUGUUAAGUGCCCCUUUAAGUUAAAAAAGAAUACAACUGUUUAACAUUAUAUUCGAGGUUGCAGUGAAUUUCUGUGCAGCUGAUGGUGUAGUAUCCAUUGUUCACUGGCUGACUAGGGACUAUUCACAGCUGUGUUCAUGGGAAAAAAAGACAAAACCUCCACAAUCAUGACCCGUAAAUGUAGGUUUACUCUCUGCAGGGGCAUCUGUUUGAUAUUAACCUUUUACCGCCUUUAUGGCGUUGUAUUCCGUCCAAAAGGCGAUGGGCUUUAGCACUGUUAGGACGAAAUACGUCAUAGCCGUUUGGCUGUCCUGAAGCCAACAGCACUUCCUGCAUGUGAUUGCGGUCUGGAGGGCGUGCCUUGCGUCAUAGGGAUACCCCCUAUUUUGAAAUCUUGCGACAGCGUGCACGAUCGCGGGAUUUCAAUUUGUCUACAUCAGAACGUUGUUCCGAUGUAGACAUUAUGACCCUGUCAUGAAAGGGUUAAGGAUGCUUCAUUGAAGAUUUAUUACCUAACAGUAAAUAAGUUAACAGGUGUUCUAAAUGUAUUUUGUAUGUGUGUCAAUAAAUGUUGUUUGUUCCAUAUAAAACUAUGCUGGUUUAUUCAUGUUUAUAGAUAUUUCAGGUUUGGCUCACCAUGUAAAACUGAAGUAUGCUAUCUUUUGGUUAUACCAUUUAAAAACUUUGUGGUAGUGCCUUAUAACCAAUGAUUUAUACUGUAAUAGUUUCCUAUUUAUACUUGCAUUGUUAGCAUUAGUUUACCCAUUAUUUAAGUUAUUUGGUACAAUUCUUUGACAUUUUUGAGUUUACAUUUUGAUAUAAUAAAACAUGAAAAAGCA